AAGUAAAGUCUUGCCCGAAUUAGCUUUUGGCGUUCGUUCUCGCGCGCUUUAUUGCUUAUGGUCUUCCCCACCGAUCCAUAAUGCUGGUCCUCCGUGUGUAGCCGCAGAGAACAGUUAUGGCGGACUCGAACGUGUUCAGCACUCGGAUCGUUUCGAUCGAUUACUACAUGGCGCCUCCUAUCCCUGACCUUGACAUUUGCUACAGUAGUUUUCAAGGUGGGAAAGUAAACGAGGUUCCUGUGAUAAGAAUAUAUGGCUCGACUCCGGCCGGACAGAAGACAUGUUUGCACAUACAUCGGGCUUUACCAUAUUUAUAUGUGCCAUGUGCUGAUAUAUCAGUUCAACCACACCAUGGAGAUGAUGCAUAUCCACGUGUUAUAUCUAUUGCUAUUGAGAAGGCUUUAAAGCUUAGGAGUAAUGCUGGUUCAAAACGACAACAUGUGCAUGGUUGCAGUCUUGUCCGGGCGAGGAAACUUUAUGGUUAUCACUCCACUGAGGAGUUGUUUGUGAAGAUAUAUCUCUAUUACCCACAUGAUGUUUCUCGUGCGGCCAAUCUUCUUUUGGGAGGUGCAGUUAUGAAUAAAGGCUUACAGCCACAUGAAUCACACAUUCCAUUUCUUCUUCAGUUCUUGAUUGAUUACAACUUGUAUGGGAUGGGUCACCUACACGUGUCAAAAAUGAAGUUCCGUCAUCCAGUUCCAGACCUUUUUUCCCCAAGGAAGGCUAAUUUGAGUGGCAAGCAUGGUCAGGAAACCAUUCACUCCACUCCAGUUCCAGAUCUUUUUUCCCCAAGGAAGGCUAAUUUGAGUGGCAAGCGUGCUCAGGAAACCAUUCACUCCACUUCCAUGGUUACUAGUUUUCAGGCAGAUCCAAGUGGGGGUUCUUUUUUAGGUUCACCAGUUUGGAUAUCUUCCACAAUUCCUGAUGGUUGGUUGUGGCAAUGUACUGUUGAGCUUGAUGUUUCACCUGAUCCAGGCAUUCACCUUGUUAAACGACAAAGCAGUUGUGAGCUUGAGGGAGAUGCUGCUGUAGAUGAGAUUCUUAACCAGCAGUUUAAAAUGUAUUCGUCCCUUUCACAAACUCAUUCGAGCGUGAAUAUGGUUCAGUCACUCAUACCUAUUUGGGAGGAGGAGUAUGAAAGAACUGGGGUGCAUGAGACAGCAAUUCCUCCUGAUCCUGGGAAACCAAAUCCAGAAGAUGUUUUGAAAAUUCUUUUGCAUGGGCUAGAAUUGGAGAACAAACUUGUAGAAUUGGGUGGGGAAGCAGAGAUCUCUUCUGGUUCAUUUGAGAAAGAUAGCAGGUCUCCACUGUCAAUAGGAUCUUCAGCUGAUAAGGGAAGUUUGAUUGAACAAGAAGAUAGUAAAACUAGCAUUAAAGAUGGAGAAUCUUUGUCUAAUGUGAAAAAUAUUCUUGAAUCUGUACUAUCACAAGGUGUUCUUAGUGAAGAGGACCAUAUUGCAGCACCAAGUGAGGAGGAAGAUGUAUAUCCAAAAACAUUGUCAUUUGAUGAGCUGCCACCGUCUGAUGGGAUUGGAACAUUGGGUUUGAAGGCCGCAGAUAAAGAGGCAUUGGGGCUUCUAAAGUGGCUUACCUCCUCUCAGGCAGCAGAAGAUAUAAACUCUGAUGAUGAACUUGCUCAUGAGACCAUUCUGAGUCCUUUGUUUCCUGCAACAACAAUUGAUAAGGUGUUGGAGAGAGCUAAUAAGGAGUACGAAAGUGAAUCUCAUCAAGAAUGUCAAGACAUUCUUGAUUCAAUUGAUGAUUUGAUUGACUUUGAGGGAUUGAAGGAAGGGAAUUCUUGUUCUGUUAAUCAUGGCAACUCAUCAGGGAAAAUUAUUCCCCAAGUGGAUGGCUCUGGUGAUGAACAGUACAGAACUCCUGGCACUGAUUCAUUUGAAAUAGAUAUUACUAGUGAAUCUGGAAGGCCUUCUCAACACCAGCUACAGAAAGAAAUGAGCUUGAGGUCUACCAGUAUCCACAAAAAGAAAGACCCAUUUUGGGGUUCUUUACCUUUCUCCAUAGCCCAGGAAAAUGUUGUACAAUCUGUCACUUGUAACAUGACUGGUGGCAGUGCUGGAACUAAAGCUAGUACAGGAACAGGUUCUGGAAAAGAGGCAGACAUAUAUUCUGGCAGGUCAUUAAACAGUGCAAUGGCAAAUGUUUGUGACUCAAAGGAAGCCAGUUUAUUAGUUGGGGGCUCUGUCCGGGACCUGAUGAGGAAAAAGCGAUCCUAUCGGCUUGAGUCACCUGACUCUGGGACCCAUAAAAUUACAAAGAUACUUUUGAAAGAAGAUUCAAACGAACGUAUGUUAAUCCAGUCACAGCAGUUAGACUUCCAGACAGCACAGAGUGUUGCACAAGAAAUGGCGCCUGUUGAGUCUCACAUCAUUAGCUCUGCAGUUAUUGACCAGCAAAGAGAAAUCUUUGGAAGGAGUACAUGUAUGGCAACUUGUGCUCUGGAUGCAGGUGGUGAGGCUAGUGAUGUUAAACCUGUGCUUUCUAAUUGGUCCAUGUAUGGUAAAUUGCCCUUGUCAUCCUGCUGUGAUGGUUUAUUGCAAGAUUAUGCAUCUAAAGAUAGACAUUUUGAUUCUUGUGAAAUACUUGAUGCUGAGGCUGCAGGAAACAUUUCUGUAUCUUGUCCUUUGCAUGAAGGAACUAGAAAUUUUCUUCAGCCUUCGUACUUUGAGAAGCAAGAUUCUGCCGUGUCUGGGGACCAUUGUAAGAAUUGUGCUAUUAAUGAACUGGGCUCUGCGUCUAGUUCUGUGGUACCUGUGACGUGUGAUGGCAAUACUUGCAGUAAACCUGACAAAGUAGUUAACAGGCAGUUGAUGAAGUGUGACACUGAGGAUAAGCUUUUGGCUGAUGAUGGAUUGCGGCAAGUGGAUGCUGCUGGUCUAAGCCAUUGUUCAACUUGUAAUGUUGAAGCUGAUAUGUCUCGUAAAGAUACGUACAACUGCAAGAGUAGCCAUAAGAGCUGUAACUUCUUUGAAUGUGCACCUGGAAGGGAUAAUUGUUCGUACAUGUCUGGCUGUUCCGUAUCCAAGGUUGUUGACAUAGAAGCAAAACCCACGGGAUUGGUUAGCAUGACCUUAUGCAAGAGGCCUCCCACAAUGGAUUGGGCAGACGGUACAUCUGAAAAUGUUUUGUGGUCACCUACUCUCUCAAAUUGCCCUUUAUAUGGGAAUGGGGAAAUUUGUAAAGGGACGUCAGUUCAAGGGAGGGGUGCAGAUGAAUAUCUUCCAUUUUUUGACAAUAGAGGAGAGAAAGAAGUUUCAAACAAGUGCCAUAUAAAAAAAGACUUUAAUUCCCUUCAAGGCGUCAAGGGUGUUCCCACUCACUAUCAAAAUGAUGGCUCUGUCUUAUACAUGUUGACUCCUAUGUUUUCUCCUCCAUCCAGAGACUCUGUUUCUAGAUGGCUAUUGCAUGAUGACUCAGGUACUUCAAGAGAGAACUCUAGGACAGUGCUUGUGAAGCCUUCAUCUGUGAAAAAUAAAGGAUUGUCUACCGGUCUGCUAGGUCCACAAGGUUCCCCUGCUGAUACUUGUUAUAAUGUGUUGCCUGAAUCUUGUUCUGAUACUCAUGUGAAGCCUAUUCUUAGUCAGCCUAAUCAUGAAAAGCAUCAAUGCCUCAAUACUGAAGAGAGAAUUUCUUGUAAUGAUGUGACACCUCCACUCCGGAGUGAAGGAAGUACUGUAACGUUGAAAAAAUGCUCUGAUUGCUCACAAGAUGUUUCUCAAAUUUCGGGCCCAGCUGGGAACUUGAAGCCCACUCCUGUUAGUCAAAUGGGAUUCCGGGAUUCUGCAAGUGUUGGUGGAGGCCAGCAGCUGACAUUGUUUAGUAUAGAGGUUCUAGCAGAAUCCAGAGGAGACUUGAGACCCAACCCUAAAUUUGAUGCCAUAAAUAUUAUUGCACUUGCUAUUCAGGAAGAUAAUGACGACAUUCUUGAUGUUAAUGUUCUUUUGCGUAGUAAUACUGAAUCUUAUCAGAGAAAUCACCAUGGGAUAUCUGGUUGCAAGGUGUUGGUCUCCUCUGAAGAGAAGCAUUUACUUAAAAACUUUCUGAAGAUCAUUCAUUCCUUUGAUCCAGAUAUUUUAUUAGGUUGGGAUAUCCAAGGAGGAUCCCUUGGGUUUUUAGCUGAAAGGGCAGCACAUCUUGGCAUUGAUUUACUUAAUGACAUAUCCCGGACACCAUCUGAAAUCAAGGCAGUUUCUGGAGAUUCAGAAAUUCCCAGUAAAGGAACACUAGAUAAUAUUCCCCCUGAAUCUUUACCUGCUGAUUCCAUCCUACUUGAAGAUGCAAUAAUUGAAGAUGAAUGGGGUCGUACUCAUGCCAGUGGUAUCCAUGUUGGUGGCAGGGUCGUACUUAAUGUUUGGCGACUAAUGCGUAGUGAAGUUAAGCUCAAUAUGUACACCAUUGAAGCUGUAGCUGAAGCUGUUCUAAGACGAAAGGUUCCAUUGAUCAAUUAUAGGGUGUUGACAAAAUGGUAUUCAAGUGGUCCUGGACAGGCAAGAUAUCGAUGUAUUGAGUAUGCUAUACAGAGAUCAAAAUUGAACCUUCAGAUAAUGAAUAAACUUGAUAUGAUAAACAGAACAUCAGAACUUGCUCGUGUUUUUGGUAUUGACUUUUUCUCAGUUCUCUCUCGGGGUUCACAAUACCGUGUCGAAUCUAUGUUACUGAGAUUGGCACAUACGCAAAACUAUCUAGCCAUAUCUCCUGGGAGACAACAGGUUGCCUCUCAACCUGCAAUGGAGUGUCUGCCUCUUGUAAUGGAGCCGGAAUCUGGUUUUUAUGCGGAUCCAGUUGUUGUUUUGGAUUUUCAAUCUCUUUAUCCAUCAAUGAUAAUUGCAUACAACCUCUGCUUUUGUACGUGCCUUGGGAAAAUUCUGUCCUCUAAGCCAGAUACACUUGGUGUCAGUUCAUUUGCUCUGGAUCCAUCCAUUUUGCGAAGUCUAAGACAGAAAAUAUUGCUAACUCCAAAUGGUGUGAUGUAUGUGCCUUCAAAGGUUUGUAAGGGCAUACUACCACGAUUGUUGGAGGAAAUACUAUCAACUAGGAUAAUGGUGAAACAAGCAAUGAAGAAAUUGACUCCUUCACAACAAGUUCUUUACAGGAUAUUAAAUGCUAGGCAGCUUGCUUUGAAACUGAUAGCAAAUGUAACCUAUGGCUAUACUGCUGCUGGAUUUAGUGGUCGCAUGCCUUGUGCUGAGCUUGCUGAUAGUAUUGUUCAAUGUGGACGUAGAACACUGGAAAAUGCUAUUUCAUUUGUAAAUGCACACGAUAAGUGGAAAGCUAGAGUUAUUUAUGGUGAUACUGACAGCAUGUUUGUGCUCCUUAAAGGACGCACUGUUAAAGAAGCAUUCCAAAUUGGACAAGAAAUUGCAUCUGAAGUAACAACAAUGAAUCCAAAUCCAGUCACGUUAAAAAUGGAGAAAGUCUAUCAACCAUGCAUUCUAGUUACUAAGAAGCGCUAUGUUGGAUACAGUUAUGAGAGCCCUGACCAAUUAGAACCUGUGUUUGAUGCUAAGGGUAUUGAGACAGUUCGUAGAGAUACAUGUAGUGCUGUAGCCAAGAUGAUGGAGCAGUCUUUGAGACUGUUUUUUGAAUAUCAAGACCUUUUAAAGGUUAAGUCAUACUUGCAGCGUCAAUGGACUCGGAUUCUGUCUGGCAGGGUGUCUCUUCAGGAUUUUGUUUUUGCAAAGGAGGUCCGCUUAGGUGCCUAUAGUACUAGGGCUUCUUCAUCCCUCCCACCAGCAGCAAUUGUGGCCAUGAAAGCUAUGAGAGUUGAUCCCAGGGCAGAACCACGGUAUGCUGAGCGAAUACCAUAUGUUGUAAUCCAUGGUGAGCCUGGGGCUCGCCUAGUGGACAUGGUUGUGGACCCAUUGGAUCUUUUGUCGAUUGAUUCCCCCUUUAGAUUAAAUGAUUUAUAUUACAUCAACAAACAAAUAAUUCCAGCAUUGCAGCGGAUAUUUGGACUUGUUGGGAAUGACUUAAACCAGUGGUUUUUGGAGAUGCCCCGUCCAAUUGGGGAAUCUUUGGCUAAACGCCACUUUUAUGCCCCAAACCUACAGCGAACAAGAAUUGAUUAUUAUUAUCUCUCAAAGCACUGUGUCCUUUGUGGUGAGUUGGUUCAUGCAUCUGCGCAUCUAUGCAAUAAAUGUUCCAACAAAGGAAUUGCUGUUGCUGCAGCUGUGACUGGAAGAACUUCAAAAUUGGAGAGGGAGAUGCAGCACCUUGCCGCUAUAUGUUGUCAUUGUGGAGGUGGGGAUUGGGUUAUUGAAUCUGGGGUGAAGUGCACAUCACUUGCAUGCACGGUGUUCUUUGAGAGGCGUAAAGUUCAGAAAGAACUUUUAGCCCUUUCUGCAGUUGCUGCAGAUGCAGGGUUCUACCCAAGGUGCAUGAUUGAAUGGUUUUAAUUUUGAAUAUCAUUUUGUACUCGUCUUCCAGUGGGUUCCAUAUUAAAGGAAGGCUGUUCAAUAGAGAAAGCUAACAGAAGAGAGAGAGAGAGACUUUGCUCAUAACAUCUUAUAAAAUUGUGCUUGUACAGAGAGAGGGUUAGAGGGUCAUGUGGCUGUAUUUGAAAAUGUAAUUUUUCCCCUGUUAUAACUUCAGAAUGAAUUAGAAAUAUGUAUUUUAAUUAAAUUUCCUCCUGUAACCUUGGAAUGAUUAAACUGGGAAGAUGUAUUUCAGCAUUAUAAUUAAAUAGCAGCUAAUAAUUAGGGAGAGCAUUUUUCUUCCUGGC